AUGUAUUCCAAAUCUCUCAUCCUCGCCAUCCUGGCAACGGCAUCCACCACCGUCGCCGAGUUCGCAAUCAUAACCACUCCCCUUCCCACCAACCUCAACGUCCUGACAGACAUCUCCGCCUACAAAUCCUCCAUCCUCUCCCAAGUCUCAUCGGGUCUCGCCUCGCUAACCGGCGACCCAGCCGCCGUCUCGAGCGCUGCCUCCGCACACAAGGGCCUAGCCUCCUUCGCCGCAACAGCCACCUACUCGAUUCCUCCCAAAGUAACCGAGAUCGGAGCGCUGGAAACCUUCUCUACGACGCCAGUAUGGUACAGUGCGCUGCCGACCGAUGUCAAGGCCUACUAUGAUGGGUUCAACAAGGAGGUCCAGGGAUUGAUUGAUCAGGCUAUUCUGGGCGAGAGGAGGAACGAGACUGAGACCCAGUCCGGAGGUAGUAGCCCAACGGGAACGAGUGGUGGCGCAGGUGCGAAGGAGACUGGUGGUGCGGCCGGUGUGCGUAGUGCGGUGGGAGUUAUGGGUGCGGGUAUUGCUGUUGCGUUUGCGGGUGUUUUGGCUUUGUAG